UUUUCUUCAAACAGUUGGCCCCCCAACGGUCAUAUUCAAGAAUUACGAACAGUAUCGAGGUACGAUAAGGUCCUUUCCCCGCCACUCACCAAGAAACCAAGAACUGACUGCUUAACCAAAGCCCUCUCUCUCUCUCUCUCACUCGAACACGAAUACACACACAAAAAAUAUGGCGUUGAGGUCAGUACCAUCGCCUUUUGCGACUGGUUGUUCAAGAACCCACUUCAGAAACCUGUUUUUCUUGAACUCAAAAUCAAGAUUUCUCGAGAAUCAAUGGCAGUCAAGAGAUAUGUUGUUUUCUGGGAGGAGGAGAGUAGGAGGAAGAAUGGUGAAGGCGUGUGUGAAGUUGGAAGAGAAAAAUGCACCAGAAACUGGCAACGAAUGGGGGAAGGUUUCGGCGGUGUUGUUUGAUAUGGAUGGAGUGCUGUGUAACAGCGAAGAGCUAUCGAGAUUGGCAGGUGUAGAUGUUUUUAAGGAAAUGGGAGUUGAAGUCACAGUUCAAGAUUUUGUGCCUUUCAUGGGCACAGGUGAAGCCAACUUUUUAGGAGGUGUUGCUUCAGUAAAGGGUGUGAAAGGAUUUAAUCCUGAGACAGCAAAGAAGAGAUUUUUUGAAAUAUACCUGGAUAAGUAUGCGAAACCAGAUUCUGGGAUAGGUUUCCCUGGUGCCUAUGAACUUAUAGUACAGUGUAAAAACAAAGGCCUCAAGGUUGCUGUUGCAUCUAGUGCUGAUCGUAUCAAGGUUGAUGCCAAUUUAGGAGCUGCUGGUUUGCAGCUCUCUAUGUUUGAUGCCAUUGUGUCUGCGGAUGCAUUUGAAAACUUGAAACCUGCUCCUGACAUUUUCUUAGCUGCAUCAAGAAUUUUGGAUGUGCCAACAAGUGAGUGUGUUGUGAUUGAAGAUGCAUUAGCUGGAGUGCAAGCUGCAAAAUCAGCUAACAUGAGAUGCAUUGCUGUAACAACGACAUUAGCAGAAGAUACUCUACAAGCAGCUGGUCCAUCACUUAUUAGAAAGGAGAUAGGAGAUAUUUCCCUUGAUGAUAUUCUCAAUGGUGGCUCUGGUUACCAUAAUCCAGAGAAGCAGCCUUCUCAAUCUAUUAGUGCCUCUGUACAAAGUCUGCCCAAUUCAUACAGUAAAGAAAUUAGUUCAUUUCAGGAUAAAGAUUCUGUGGGAGAUGCAGUCUUCUCAAUGGAAGGGUUUCAGGGUUCUCGGCGGGAUAUUUUGAGGUACGGAAGUUUGGGAAUUGCUGUUUCUUGCCUUCUCUUCACCGUGACAAACUGGAAGGCCAUGCAAUAUGCAUCUCCGAAAGCCAUCUGGAAUUUGCUUCUUGGGGCUAGCAGCCCUCCCUUUGGACCGAAAGAAGAAGAAUCACGUAAUGAGAGAAUCCAGCAGUUUGUGAACUACAUCUCUGAUUUGGAGAAAAGGGGAACUGCAACAACUGUGCCAGAGUUUCCAUCUAAACUUGACUGGCUAAACACAGCUCCUCUUCAGCUGCGGAGGGACUUGAAAGGAAAAGUGGUUCUUCUCGAUUUCUGGACCUACUGCUGUAUAAACUGCAUGCAUGUUCUGCCGGACCUAGAGUUUCUUGAGAAGAAGUAUAAAGAUAAGCCUUUUGUUGUUGUAGGAGUGCAUUCGGCAAAGUUUGAUAACGAGAAAGAUCUGGAGGCCAUUCGCAAUGCGGUUUUACGCUAUGGAAUAUCUCAUCCAGUCGUCAAUGAUGGUGAUAUGUAUUUAUGGCGAGAAUUGGGUGUAAGUUCAUGGCCUACAUUUGCCCUUGUUGGACCAAAUGGCAAGCUUAUAGCACAAGUAGCUGGUGAAGGUCGCCGAAAGGAUCUUGAUGAUUUGGUCAAGGCAGCACUAAUAUAUUAUGGUGGAAAGCAAAUAUUGGAUAGCACACCUAUUCCGUUGAAUUUGGAGAAAGACAAUGAUCCUCGAUUAUUGACAUCCCCUUUGAAAUUUCCUGGUAAGCUGGAGGUUGAUGUCCUCAACAACCGACUGUUCAUUUCUGACAGCAAUCACAACCGCAUAGUAGUAACUGACCUUGAUGGUAACUUCAAAAUGCAAAUUGGGAGCACUGGGGAAGAGGGUUUCCGUGAUGGUAAUUUUGAUGAUGCCAUGUUCAACCGCCCACAGGGACUUGCUUACAACCCGAAGAAGAACCUCCUAUAUGUGGCUGACACUGAAAAUCAUGCUCUAAGGGUGGUUGAUUUUGUUGAUGAGUCUGUGCGGACCCUUGCUGGAAACGGAACCAAAGGUUCUGACUACCAAGGAGGAGGAUCAGGAACAACUCAGCUCCUCAAUUCGCCCUGGGAUGUCUGCUUUGAGCCUGUAAACGAAAUUGUUUAUAUUGCAAUGGCUGGGCAGCAUCAGAUCUGGAAACAUAAUACAUUAGAUGGAACUACCAGAGCUUUCAGUGGUGAUGGCUAUGAAAGAAAUUUGAAUGGUGCCAGUUCUGCGAGCACUUCAUUUGCGCAACCUUCUGGAAUUACUUUGUCACCUGAUUUAAAGGAAGCAUAUAUUGCUGAUAGUGAGAGUAGCUCUAUUCGGGCACUUGACUUAAGGACAGGGGGAUCGAGACUACUCGCUGGUGGUGAUCCAAUUUUCUCUGACAAUUUAUUUAAGUUCGGAGACCAUGAUGGAGUAGGUUCUGAAGUUCUUCUUCAACAUCCUUUAGGAGUCUUUUGCGGAAAUGAUGGUCAAAUUUAUAUGGCGGAUUCAUACAAUCACAAGAUUAAGAAGCUGGAUUUAGCGAGUAGGAGAGUUACCACGUUGGCAGGUAUUGGAAAGGCUGGAUUCAAGGAUGGAUCAGCCCUGGAGGCCCAGCUUUCAGAGCCUUCUGGACUUGUUGAAGCUGGAAAUGGAAGAAUAUUCAUAGCAGAUACGAAUAACAGCAUAAUAAGGGUUUUAGACCUGAACAACGGAGAACCAAGGCUUCUUACUUUGGAGUUGAAAGGUGUCCAACCUCCAGUUCCAAAAUCAAAAUCUUUGAGGCGCCUUAGAAGGAGAUCUGCAGCUGACACAGAGACCAUAGUCAUCGAUGGUGGUUCAUCCAAUGAAGGCAAACUAUGUCUGAAGAUAUCAGUACCAGAAGGGUACCAUUUGUCAAAGGAAGCACAAAGUAAAUUCAGUGUGGAAUUUGAACCAGAAAAUGCCGCAUUAGUUGAUCCUGUCGAUGGAACUAUCAGCACGGAAGGAUCUGCAGUCAUACAGUUCAAAAGAUCCUCUCCUUCAUCUUCUAAAAGUAGAAUUUACUGCAAGGUAUACUAUUGCAAGGAAGAUGAGGUUUGUUUGUAUCAGCCUUUGAUGUUUGAAGUAUCUUUCCAAGAGGCCAUCCCGGAUGCUGCCCCAGCAGAGAUAUCACUGCCAUACGUCGUGAAACCUAAAUCGCCUACAUACAAUUCGCAAAGUCCACUCCCUCGCUGACUCCCAAUAAGGUACACUCAUCUUUGCUCCAUUAGCAAAAUACUAAAUGCAAGCAGACAGUAAUAUGUGAUCACCGAUGUUGUAAUUAUUCUUGUUCAAAGGUUGCCGGCUUAGGAACAGCAUAUGUGUUCCAUUGUUCUUGUGCAUCCUCAAAUUAAGUGUCGCUCAUUGUUUUAGUAGCAUAUUUUACAUUUGCUGACAAAGAAAACCGAAUGAACCUCGCUGAGGUUUACCUAUGUAAAAAGUUGACAGAAGCACAUUAGCUGAUGAAUCAUUCAUAUGGUAAUAACCUGAACUACUGAAUUUCACUGUUA